AUGGAUCAUAGAUAUAGAGAGAGGAAAGAUGAAAAGGCACAGCCUGAUAAUCACACCAGGAAGACUUCAUACUACCCCCCUGAAAGAUCUACUCAAGCUGCUUCACCCAUGGAUAUUGGUACAGUUAAAUGGCUACUUUCACAACAGGAUAAACUCACAUAUAAAAUGGCAAAUGUGCGUCUAUACUGUGCCAGUAACGUACACCUUGUAUCCUCCUGCCCACUUCUAGCAUGUCAGAAGAAGGUUUGUGUUGCAGUCUGGAAGAACCACCAUAUGAGGACUGUCACCAACUAUUUUAUAGUCAACCUUUCACUUGCCGAUGUCCUAGUUACUAUCACUUGUCUUCCAGCAACCUUGGUAGUUGAUAUUACAGAAACAUGGUUCUUUGGGAAGACUCUCUGCAAAAUUAUCCCUUACUUACAGACUGUCUCCGUGUCCGUUUCUGUCCUAACACUCAGCUGCAUUGCCUUGGAUAGAUGGUACGCAAUUUGUCAUCCAUUAAUGUUUAAAAGUACUGCCAAGAGAGCACGAAACAGCAUUAUAAUUAUUUGGAUUGUGUCCUGCGUUAUAAUGAUUCCACAAGCAAUAGUCAUGGAGUGCAGCAGUGUGUUUCCAGAAUUAGCCAACAAGACAAUUUUAUUCACUGUGUGUGAUGAGCGCUGGGAAGGUGAGAUUUAUUCGAAAGCGUAUCACAUCUGUUUCUUCUUUAUCACCUAUAUGGUACCACUGUGUCUGAUGAUUCUAGCAUACUUGCAAAUAUUCCGAAAACUAUGGUGCCGGCAGAUUCCAGGAACCUCAUCAGUAGUUGAAAGGAAAUGGAAACCUUUGCAAUGUCCAAUGCAGUCUAGAAUCCAAGGUCAACAAGCCAGUAAACCAAGAAUGAAUGCUGUGGCAGCUGAGAUAAAACAGAUCCGUGCAAGAAGAAAAACAGCACGCAUGCUUAUGGUUGUUCUCAUCGUGUUUGCAAUUUGCUACCUUCCAAUUAGUGUCCUUAAUGUUCUUAAAAGGGUAUUUGGAAUGUUUGACAAGACAAAUGACAGAGAAACAGUGUAUGCCUGGUUUACAUUUUCACACUGGUUGGUGUAUGCAAAUAGUGCAGCUAAUCCCAUCAUUUACAACUUUCUUAGCGGUAAAUUUAGAGAGGAAUUCAAAGCUGCCUUUUCUUGCUGUUGUCUUGGAGUUCACAAUCAAGAGGAUCUUAUCGCCAGAGGCAGAGCAAGCACUGAAAGCCGAAAAUCAUUGACUACACAGAUCAGCAAUUUUGAUAAUGUUUCAAGACUUUCCGAACAGGUUGUUUUAACAAAUAUAAGCACACUGCAUGCAAAUGGGAGUGGUGCUAUUCAUAAUUGGUAG